CCCACUUUACUUUUCAGCAAAGGAAUACUUCAACAUUGUUUUAGCUCACCAUGCAGCCCAUCACUUGUCUGUUCGUCGGCAUUUUCCUGUUCGGAAUAGCAAUACAAGAAAUAACUGCUACUAGAUGCUAUUCAUGGCCUAGGGCAUGUCCACCGUGGAAGAGAUGCAUUACACUCCCAUGGUACCCAUAUUACAGAUGUGUUCAAAGAUGGGGAUGGGGAAAUUCAGGAAGUCCAUGGAGAAUGGGAAUUUAUGGUAGUUGGAGUAGCUACGGCAGUGGCGGAGGGGGUUACGGAGGUGGUAUGGGUUAUGGAAGUGGUGGCAUGGGUGGUUAUGGCGGUGGCAUGGGAAGUUAUGGAGGCGGUGGCAUGGGAGGUUAUGGAGGCGGUGGCAUGGGAGAUUAUGGAGGCAGCGGCAUGGGUGGUUACGGAGGAGGCGGUAUGGGUGGAUAUGGAGGAGGCAGUAUGGGUGGUUAUGGAGGUUACGGCGGUGGCAUGGGUGGUAUUGGAGGCGGUGGUAUGGGUGGUUAUGGAGGGUACGGUGGCGGCAUGGGUGGUAUUGGAGGUAGUGGUAUGGGGGGUUACGGAGAUGGCGGUUAUGGCUCUGGUGGUUAUGGAUCUAGCAGUGGUGGUUACGGAUCUGGCGGUGGCGGUUAUGGAUCUGGCGGUGGCGGUUAUGGAUCUGGCAGUUAUGGCAGAAAGAAAAGUGUUUAUUAGAGACAAAAAGAUGGAAAAAACGACGACUGACCAAUUUUUUAUUAUGUUUACUGAUUGAUUAAAUUUGUAUAUUGAGGAG